UAAAAUGAAAGUUUCUAACUUUAUCCUUUAUUUCUGGAACAUUCGUCCUCGUCCCUUGGUUUAUGGGCAGUUUGUUUGUUUGUUUCCUCGAGAAAGUUGAUUACUUUCUUGGAAUCCGUCUAUGCCCUUUCUCUUUGUUGUGUGUUUAAAAGAUGCUUCUGUGGUUUGUUUUAGUAACUUAGUGAGUUGAGUAAGCCCCUCUUGAUCAUAAUCAAAGUUCAUAGUUUUUUUUUUUGCUUCAAUCAGUUUCUGUAAUGGAGUCUCCACAAUCUGUGGCGUCAACCUUUAACGGUAUCCACUUGAAGGGCAGUGAUGAGAAAAGCAUAACAAAGAAAGCUGUCAUCACGCCUGAUUCAUCAGACAGCUUCAUUGGUGUGCUUGAGGUUUUUGUUCACCAAGCUAGGGACAUCCACAACAUAUGCAUCUAUCAUAAGCAAGAUGUUUAUGCUAAGCUUUCUCUCACAACCGAUCCCGAGAGCUCCUUGUCCACGAAGAUCAUCAACGGUGGAGGGAGAAACCCUGUCUUCGACGAUACUCUCCACUUCGACGUGAAGAGUGUUGUUGAUUGUUCGCUGAAGUGUGAGAUAUACAUGAUGAGCCGCGUGAGGAACUAUCUUGAGGACCAGUUGCUUGGAUUCACUCUUGUCCCUUUGUCUGAAGUGAUUGUGAGGAACGGGAAGUUGGAGAAAGAGUUCUCUCUUUCUUCAACCGAUUUGUUCCACUCUCCUGCAGGUUUUGUUGAGUUGUCUCUCUCCUACGCAGGAGAGUUCCCUGAGGUGAUGAUGCAUAUUCCUGCGGUUCCAACGGUGGAUGAGACCGAGUUGGCUUCUAUAGAGGUUGAUGAGUCUGAGUUUUUGGAUCCGAAGAUUGUCUGUGAAAACAAUCAAAUGGUGUCUAGUUACUUGGCCACUCCUUGUGAUGAUUCUGAUGAUUUUGUGGGCUCUGAAACCGCCUUUGUGGAAGUAAACAGUGUUCCUUCUGCAGUUGCUGACACUGUUGAAGAAGAAUCAGCUCCACCAGGUACUGACUUCACAAACGGAAUCUCUUCUCCAUCAAAUGCUGUUAGCUCGGGUUCCUCGGGCACUCAUGAUGAUUUAGUACUAUCAAGCAAAGGGAACAACUCAAGUUCAGACCAAGAAGUGAAGAAGAAGCUAUCAAGUGAAGAAGAAAACAACUCAGGUUCAGACCAAUUAGCAAAGAAGCCAGCAGAUACCAUCAAGAAUAGCGAUUUAGAUAAGACGGAUGGUGAAGAGGUUGUGAAACCGAUUGUGACAGUGAACUUUGAACCAGAGCAGAAGGUAGUGCAGCAAGAUAUUGUUGACAUGUACACGAAAAGCUUGCAGCAAUUCACUGAAUCACUGGCGAAGAUGAAACUCCCUUUGGACAUGGAUAGCCCAACACAAUCAGAGAACUCAAGCUCCUCCCAGCAGACUCCAAAGAGUGCUAACUCUCGUGUUUUCUAUGGCAGUAGAGCCUUCUUUUGA